AUGUGGGAGAACGACAGUGAUGAUUCGCUCUUGCCGUCCGACCUGUUGACGGCCCCCGUGGUGACGCGAGCGAAGACCCUCUCCGAGUUCACGAAGGCGGAGUUGAUCACGGAGGCCACCGCACGCAAUCUGUGGUUCCAUCCAUCGUGGACGGUGACGGAAAUCCGGUCGCUGAUCCAGGAAGACGGCAAGUGUCCCUCGGGCAACCAUCUUGCAGAUGCGGGAAUGAGCAAGAUGACCCUCGAGCAGUUGAAGCAUGGAGAAGGGGGCACGAUCCUGCGCAUCCUCCGCGACCAGGAGGGUAUGGGAGCCAAGACGAUCCUCAACUUCGGGCACUUUCGGGGCAAGAUGUUCCAGGAGACUCCGGAGAGCUACCGCACAGAGGUUGCCUCACACGACAAUCCGUCGGAGGACCUCCCCAAGCAGGAAUUGAAGACGGUGACCUUUGGAGGGCAGGAGGGGUUGUACGAGGACUACGACGAGGUGUACUUCGAGUGUUACGAGGAGAAAGUGGAGUCAUGUGAAGAAUGUGCCCGGAGUAAGUUGAAGAACAAGGCUUUCGACUACCACGACCUCGUCUUCUACCUCUCCGGAAGCUGCGGAGGCUGGCAGGCUUUUCACUACUUCAUUGCCGGGAUGUACACCCAUGGACCCUUCGUCGGCGUGACCAAGACUGCCCGAGAGCUGCCGUGGACGAUCAAGUACGUCAAUUCCUUUGUUCGGGCGCAGGGUGUCGGAGAAUGGACUUCCUUCGCGAUCUUCCGCAACACGGCGACUGAGUGCCACACCGACACUCACAACAUGGCCGGCACUCAGAUCAAGACGGUGAGCUUCGGCGAGAUCACAGGAGGAGAAUUGUGGAUUCGGUGA